UUUACCAUAGUCGAAUAUAUUUCAGAUUUUCUCAUAAAAAUAAAUUUAUAAAUAAAUCCGUAAAUUAAUUCCCUUCCGAUAUCUUCAACUCCGUCCUCCGUAGCUCCGCCGUGGACACCAACCUAACACCGUCAGAUUCAUCAGAUUCACAAUCGGAACCCAAUCGCGUAAAACGAUUUUUUUCCUUUUUUUUUUUUUCAAUCACAGUUCAAAACCAAACUUUUCAUUUUCAAUUCCAAACACAUCCUAAGAUUUAAGUUCAGUGAUAACAACGCAAUUAAUUUUUUUCCAGUUCAGAAUUUUUUCCUUUCAGUGUUGAAUUCACUGUCAUUUCCCAACCCUAAACCCUUUCCAGUUUCUGAUUCAUUGCAUUGUUCCGUUUCAAUCUCUAUAUUAAUGCUUCUUUUCGAAUGGAAAUUGGUCACUCUGUGGUUAAACCUAUCGUUGUAGCUUCGAAACUAUCUUCAGCUCAAGCAAUUUCUGAGGGUGUUUUUAUAUCAUGGAUUCGAAGAAGUGCAGGCCUUCUAAGGUUGUUGCGUCUUCGAAGAAUGUUGUUCCUUUGAGUGUUCCGAAUCAGGAGGAUGAGAUGGCCCGGUCCAUCAAGGAUAUGGUAGCUGUUAAGAGUGAUGUGGAUAUAGACCUUAGGGAAGUUUACUUUUUGAUUUUGCAUUUUUUGUCUGCUGGGCCGUGCCAGAGGUCGUUUGUUCAGCUUAGGAAUGAGCUUUUAGAGCACCGGCUUCUGCCUAGAAGGUAUCAUGCUCGGUUUUCAAGAAGUGGUGAGCCUGGUGAAGAUGAUGCGGCUGAUGAUGACCAUGAUGGCAUCUCUUUACCUCUAGAUUACAAUAAUUUAAUGGACAGGUAUCCUCACAUAGCUAAGGACCACCUGGUAAAGCUUAUGAAGCAAUUAAUGCCGAGUACAGCCCAUCCUUUGGAUGGAAAACACGGAGGAAGUAGUCCUAAUGCAGCGGACGUUCCCACUUUACUCGGAGAUGGUUCAUUUUCGCUUCUUGAUAUUGAUAGAAAAACGACUGCUAAGCAGGUGAAGCGACCUCCACUUUACAUGCGUUGGCCUCAUUUGAAAGCUAAUCAGGUUCAGGGACUAAGUUUAAGGGAAAUUGGAGGUGGUUUUACAAAGCACCAUCGUGCUCCAUCUGUUCAGAGUGCCUGUUAUGCUAUUGCCAAACCAUCUACCAUGGUGCAGAAGAUGCAAAAUAUUAAAAAGCUAAGGGGUCACCGUGUGGCUGUCUAUUGUGCCAUACUUGAUGGAUCAGGGCGAUAUGUUAUCAGUGGCUCAGAUGACCGUCUUGUCAAGAUUUGGUCUAUGGAAACUGCAUUUUGUUUGGCUAGUUGUCGUGGACAUGAUGGUGAUAUUACUGACUUGGCAGUAAGCUCAAACAAUGCUUUGGUGGCAUCUGCUUCAAAUGAUUAUUCUAUUAGAGUUUGGCGCUUACCUGAUGGGAUGCCCAUAUCAGUUUUGCGGGGGCAUGGUGGAGCUGUGAAUACCAUUGCGUUUAGUCCCAGGCCGAAUGCUGUAUACCAGCUGCUAUCGUCAUCGGAUGAUGGAACAUGUAGAAUAUGGGAUGCAAGAAAUUCACAAAAUCCAUGCAUAUACGUACCGCGGCCUUCAGAUGCUAUAACUGGGAAGGGAAAUGCUUCAUCAGCUAAUCUACCGUCCUCAAGUAAUGCUCAACCAGAACUUCAAAUACUUUGUUGUGCAUAUAAUGCAAAUGGAACUGUUUUUGUUACUGGUAGCUCUGAUACUUUUGCCAGGGUAUGGAGUGCUCCUAAGCCCAACACUGAUAACUCAGAGCUACCAAUACAUGAGUUGGAUUUAUUAUCGGGUCAUGAGAAUGAUGUUAAUUAUGUACAGUUCAGUGGUUGCGCCGUGUCUUCGAAAACUUGGACAUCUGACUCUUGGAAAGAAGAAAAUACACUGAAGUUCAGAAAUUUCUGGUAUUCUCAUGAUAACAUAGUUACAUGCUCUCGUGAUGGAAGUGCAAUUAUAUGGAUUCCUAGAUCACGUAGAUCUCAUGGAAAAGUAGGACGUUGGAUUCGUGCAUAUCAUCUUAAAGUGCCAACACCACCCCUGCCUCCUCAACCUCCACGAGGGGGUCCAAGGCAGAGAGUGCUACCUACUCCCCGCGGCGUUAAUAUGAUUGUAUGGAGUCUAGACAACCGUUUUGUAUUGGCAGCUAUUAUGGAUUGCAGAAUAUGUGUUUGGAAUGCAGUUGAUGGCAGCUUAGUGCACUCUUUGACUGGUCAUACUGAAUCUUCUUAUGUUUUGGAUGUUCAUCCUUUCAAUCCUCGGAUAGCUAUGAGUGCUGGGUAUGAUGGUCGAACCAUUGUGUGGGAUAUAUGGGAGGGCAUACCUAUUCGAACAUAUGAAAUUGGACGCUAUAGGCUGGUCGAUGGAAAGUUUUCUCCGGAUGGAACAUCAAUCGUGCUUUCAGAUGAUGUUGGACAGAUAUAUUUUCUGAGUACAGGUCAAGGCGAGUCUCAGAAGGAUGCAAAAUAUGAUCAGUUUUUCCUUGGUGAUUACCGACCCCUAAUUCAGGAUACUCAGGGAAAUAUUCUUGAUCAGGAAACUCAACUUCCACCUCACCGAAGAAACAUUCAGGAACCUCUAUGUGAUUCUAGUAUGAUACCAUAUCCAGAACCUUACCAGAGUCAAUUCCAGCGACGCCGUCUUGGUGCUCUGGGCAUUGAAUGGCGUCCUUCUUUGAUAAAAUAUGCUAUUGGUCCAGAUUUUAGUGUUGGCCAGGAUUACCAGGUGAUACCUUUGGCUGAUUUGGAAGGAGUGCUUGAUCCACAACCAGAGUUUUUGGACGCCUUGUUAUGGGAGCCUGAAUAUGAUAUCGCGAGUGAUGAUAAUGACUCUGAAUACAAUGUGAACGAGGAUAACUCUAGCGCAGCCGAGCAAGGGACUAUUAGUGCCAUCUCUUCUAGUGACUUAGAAUGCAGUGAAAGCGACUCUAAUAAUAGGGAUGGUCUUAGAAGAUCAAGAAGGAAAAGCCAUAAUAUUGGAGUUGAGGGAAUGACUUCUGGAAGGCGUGUUAGGAAAAGGAAUUUGGAAGAAUGUAAUGGUAAUACUUCUGGAAAUAACAGAGUUAAGAAAUCCAAAGUAAGCUCAAAAUCAGCAAAAAGGAAAUCUUCCAAAGCUAAGACAUCGAGACCUCGAAGAAUUGCUGCCCAUAAUGCUCGUAAUAUGUUAUCUCAUAUUGACGAAACAUCUACUGAAGGGGAAGAUAAUUAUUCUGAAGAUGAAUCAUCAGACAGUUUUCAAGAUUCAGAAAAUCACAGUGAACCUGAGAGGAAAGUCCAUACUAAGCGUGAAGAACCUAAAAAAGCCCCAUUGGAAAAGUCUGCCAAUGCAUCCAAGCCACCUCCAAAUUCUGAGGCUCAGUCAACUCUUGAAAGUAGACCGAGACUGGUUCUUAAGUUUUCACUUUCUAAGAAGAAUGUGCCUUUAGAGGACGCAAGAUUUGCACGUGAGAAUCAGGCUGAUAGGGUAUGCCAGUCUUCUACACCCCAAUCUCUAGAAAAUGUACUAAAAACUUCGCCAGACACACAUGGUACGUCAGAUGCUACCAAUGCCAACCUUCCGGAAAGCCACACAUAUGACCUUUCAAGAUCAGGGGAUGCUUUGUUGACUGAUACUGAAAUUAAUGGCCAUCCUGAAUUUAGUGCCACUGGGAAAUCAGAACAUAUGAAUAGCGAAUUAAAGACUGACAGUAGCAUGGUUAAUAUUGAGCUGUCUGAUUUUGAUAAUACACCUAAAUUUUCAUCGCUCGAAUCUUGGGGGCUUGACAACCAUCAACCAGUUGCUGAUGGUCCCAUAGCAUCUGGUUAUGAUAAGUUGAAUGGUGGUUACAAAGGCCAGUCUAGAUCUGAUAAAUGCACAGAGGACUCGCAGGAAAACAAUGGAGUUGUUCAUUCAAGCCACUCUCAAGACCUCAAAAUGAAAGCACCCCUUAAACCUACUAAAAUAGUUAUUAAAAAGAAACAGCCUCUAGAAGACAUUGAAGGUCCUUCCAAACUGAAAUUUGGUAGUUCCAAGGCAGAUUCAAUCGUUACUAGAAAUGAUGUAAUCUCUGGAAAUCCCUCUUUUACAGGGCCUGAUCGAUUACCAGAAGCACAAGAAGGGGGAGAUGGCAGAAGUACAAGUUAUCCGCAGCUACUGAAUUCAUAUUCUAAUCAGAGAAGUUAUAAUCCCGUCCACGAAAGGAAUAAAUCAUAUAAAAGGGAACCUAAUCCUAAUGGUUUUGGUUUUGAUCUGGAAGAAAAUGCUUCAGUUUACAGCAAUCAGCAUAGCUUGGGAGUUGAUUUAUCUAAUGUUGGCAGCGAUCCUAUUCGUCGAACGCGAUCAAUUAGGAUGAAAAGAACUUACGAGGAGCCCGAUGCUUUGAACGAGAGGAUUAAAAUCCGAGGUGGCCAAAGUUCAAGGGGCACAUCCAGCCGGGAAGGUUCUUCUAUCAAAGUGUCUGAUGAACUUCAUCAAAGAACAAGGUCUGCUAGAAACAAGUCUGAUGAAUAUAUUGCCAAUGAUCCUGGUAUUUUAGCUCAAAGCAUGCCAAAUUACCAUGGCAAAAAGCUUUCUUGGCUAAUGCUUUCAGCAGAGCAUGAUGAGGGUUACCGUUAUAUUCCUCAACUCGGGGACGAAGUUGUAUAUUUGAGACAGGGUCAUGAAGAAUACACAACCCCAUGUCCUUCGUCUGAACCAGGUCCAUGGAGAUCAUUUCAAGGACUAAGGGCUGUUGAAACGUGCAAAGUGGAAAAACUUGAGUAUGCGGAGGUCCCAGGUUCUGGGGAUAGCUGUUGUAAGCUCAGACUGAGAUUUGUGGAUCCUUCUUCACAUGUGUUUAAAAAAUCAUUCAAAUUAACUUUACCUGAGUUGAACGACUUCUCCGAUUUUGUUAUUGAGAAAACAUUCUAUGAUGCUGUCAUGAAGAGAAAUUGGUCCCCAGAAGAAAAAUGCAGAGUAUGGUGGCGGAAUCCAGAUGGGAACGGUGGAAGUUGGUGGGAUGGUCAAAUAGUUACAGUGAAGGCCAAAUCUGAUGUAUUCCCUGACAGUCCUUGGGAUAGGUUUGAGGUCAACUAUAAUACUGAUCCGACAGAAAAUCAGCGGCAUAGUCCUUGGGAACUCAAUGAUCCUGAGAUGCAACGAGAGCACCCCCACAUUGAUCCCGAGAUCAGAGAUAAGCUGCUGUCUUAUUUCACUAAAUUAUACCACAGGGAUAAGUAUGAUAUCCAGGCACUAAACCGAGUAGCUGCGAAGUUGGACUUUUCUAACAGGUUUCCUGUUCAAUUUUAUCCCGAACUGAUUCAGUUAAGGCUAAAGAAUAAUUACUAUCGGAGUGUGGAAAGUGUCAAGCAUGAUAUAACGGUGAUGCUAUCAAAUGCUCAAGACUACUUUACAAUUACAAAAAAUGAUAAGCUGCAGGGGAAGGUCAAGCGAAUAUCAGAAUGGUUUAGAAGAAAACUUGAAAGGAUAUAGAAAACUCAAAAUGGGUUAUAUAGGUUUCUUCUAACAUUGGUUUUCAUUCUUUUACUCAAUUUUGGAGAACUAAUUGGUCUUUAUGCAAUGAUUUUGUAGAAUGUAUAAGGCCAUAGGUGGUGGUAAAUAUUAGUUGUUACCUGUGUAUAUUUAUUAUAUAUACAGAUCAUCCUUCUUAAUGCUACAAGUGUUAUACUCAGUUUCAAUUUUAAAAGAAAGUGUUGUACUCAGUAUACAGUGUCACUCUGAAUGUGUUGGACUUGGUGGUUUUGUCUGAGCCUCCACUAUAACAGCCCAAGUUUCAGUAGAAAAAUACUAUCAAAGCAAUAAGAUCGUUCAUUUUCUACUUGUCAAUGUAUUAAAGUUUGUUGUCAAUAAAUAAAUUAUAUUGGGUUACUUGUAGUUUGAGAUUGAAGCUUUAGUUGGAG